AUGGACGAGUAUAAACGGAACGGCUCCGUAUCAGAGAUAGUGAACAAGAAAGAUAAACGGCGCCAGCAAAUCAGCACUCGACUUGGAAAGUUGGAGUCAACGUUCUACGACGACCGUAACAACUUCUACCGUGCCAUUCUCCACAAUUUGCAGACUACGUUGGCAUCAAUCCAACAGGGAACAAACUCUGAGUACCUCGACAAGAAGGUGGAGUUAGAGGAGAUUAGAGACUACGAGUUGACUAGACUAAGACUCUGGGAGGAGUACCAGGUCAAGCGAGUGGAUGAUGAGUACAAAGAGGAUAUUGCCAAGGCAAAACAGAACUAUGACAUGAUGAUCAAGCUACUCAAGGAAAAAUUCUAUGACAAGCUUCAGCGGCAAGUCAAGCAACUCAAAGAGGACAAACUCCUUCUCAACUUGGUCAAUGCCAGUCUGUGGAAUACUUCCAAUAGCCAGGAUUCGACGGUUUCGGCGUUGAGUGCGGCAGCUUCUGCAUCCUCCAUCAAUCUCAAUGACCGCCGAUCUCUCCGCAAACGAGAAUUCCAUUCCCGGUUUACAGGAGGUGAAGCCGAGGAUCUCUCUGAUAGCGGACUUGGUAACUCUAGCGGUAACGGGUUCUUUCGUAGUUCUGGGGCUGGAUCCUCUGGCUACGUUUCUGCAUCAGGCAAAAGACGAAGACAUUACGCCACGAGAUACUCGUCCAACGACGAGUUGUCGUCUGGAAUUGCCAGCUCCAGCAAUGCACAUGGUAGCAACAUUGUUAAACUGACGAGCAAUGGGGCAAGCAGCGGAAAUGAUAGCAAUCUCAGCGAUAAGGAUUACGACACGUUGAACCAUCUAAUCAUGAACAACGAGGAUGGAGGUGUACACCAGAUCUUUACAGAAAGCAAAGGAAGUAACAGGCCUAAUACUAGGGGUUCUCAUAAGCAGUUUAUCGGAGUACAAGGAUUGAAACAGGAGGAGUUGAACAAUGACUUGAACUUGCUCCGGAAUGCGUUGGUGAAGAAGGAAAAGUGA